AAGAGGAUACACUUCCGCUUCCGGGGCACCCGCCGCGUUCCUUCAGUGCGUUUACCCAAAGGGUUUAUUGAGAUGGUUCUUUGCUUUGACUGGCUUCUGACAUUCGUUUUCUAUCGCUCAAUAACUGCGGCAUUAAAGUUAGUAUUAAGAUAGGAAGCUCUCUAGGGAUGCGAUCUCAGGAAAGAAGUCCAGCCUCCAGGCGCCACCUUAAGAAAAAAUGACUUGGCUGAGCACCACCGGCGGAGAGAGAUGGGGGUGUAGGGAUGUCUGCGUGUAGGAAUUCCCGGGAGCAAGUGAGAACUCCAAAGGGUGGGGGGGGGGCUUAGGACUUUAGCAGCCAAGGGAGGCGGGUUCCACCCCGGGUCGAAUCAGGUGUCUGGACCCGCCUCUGCUUACGCCUACGCGUGCGCAGUGCGAACCUUCCCCUGCUCGGCUUUUUCCUCCAACAUGGAAUUCCGCUCAGCUCGGCAAGCAGUACUGCAGCUACUCCGUACGGUGGCUCCAGCAGACCUCCCAGCUCUGCUCCAGUGGAUGAGAACUACCCGAGAUUUUGAUGAAUUCAUUCAAGACAAUAAUGACAUUAUGUUGAAAAACAUAGCAGAAGACCUUCGGAAUUGCUUACCUCUAGAAACCAUGCUUUCCUCAGAACAUCUAGCCCUCCAAAAAAUACAGCAGCAGCCAGAACCCACAGUUCACGUUGAUGCAUUCCUUUAUGAUGAAGACUUUAUUGAUUCAUUAUGUGAGGAAGGAAAAAUGAGCAGAUACUACUGUAUGGUGUGCGGCUCACACCAGACGGCGCCUUUAGGGUUUAUUUCUCAUUCCUUCUCUCUCAUGGAAUUGAAGUUCAUUUAUCAUCAUGUACUCCCUGAUCUAUCGGGAAAGGUCUUGGUUGACGUUGGCUCCAGGCUUGGCACCGUCCUUUACGGGGGUUAUCUUUACAGUUCAGCAUCACAAUUAUAUGGAGUAGAAUUGAAUGGAGACUUUUGCCAGUUGCAGGAAAUGGUCAUAAAAAAGUACCAGUUCACUGACAGAAUAAAGGUGCUUCAUGCAGACAUCUGUACACAAGGUUCACUUCUGCAAAAUGCUGAUGUUAUUAUAAUGAAUAAUGUCUUUGAAUAUUUUCUUAAUGAGGCAGAACAGGCCAGAGCCUGGGAAUAUAUCAGCCAUAAUGUAAGGAAACGAGGAUCCUUAUUAGUGACCGUGCCGAGCCUUGAAGAUUCUCUCUCAAGUCUUCAGGUUAAUAUACAGUUAUCUCCCUGGGUUGAAGAGGUACCACUGAACUAUGAUGUAUACCCAGAAAAGGAUAUUGACAAGGAAGCUCUUGAACAAAUACAUUUAUACAAGAUUCUCUAACACUACAAUAGUCCUACCUCAGUGUAAAAUAAUUACAAAAUAAUUUAAAAGAAACAGAACCCCACUAUCCUAACACAUAUUUUUUCUGUAUAUUCCUUUCUAGUCUUUGUACAUAUGCUUACAUAUUUGUAAAUAGUUGUAUGUGUAUAUAUACAACUUUGCGUGAUAAUUUUAUUAAAAUAUUUGUGUGAAAAAAUUUUGGUUUUCCCCUG